UGUUUUGCUAAACACAAAAGUGGAUGAAGUGGCUAGUGGGGCCGGCUUCUUCUUCUGCUUCUUUGUUAUAAAUCUGGGUAGAGCUCAGUAAGUUUUUCACAGCACUCGAAGCAAGAAAGGCAUGAUGGGUAGUGUUUGGAUUGUUGUGCUUUGUGUUGUGGUGGGCUUACAGUUGCAGAGUGGGUUUGUGAGUGCGGGGAAUGAGAGCGUUUCUAAUGGAGGAGGGCUUGUGAUGAAUUACUACAGGGACUCGUGCCCACAGGCGGAAGAGAUCAUUCAGGAGCAAGUCCGUUUGCUCUACAAGCGCCACAAGAACACAGCUUUCUCCUGGUUGAGGAACAUCUUCCAUGACUGUGCUGUACAGUCUUGUGAUGCAUCUCUUCUGCUGGAUUCGACAAGGAAGAGCGUGUCGGAGAAGGAGACGGACCGGAGCUUCGGUCUGCGCAACUUUAGGUAUUUGGACUCCAUUAAAGAGGCGGUGGAGAGGGAGUGUCCUGGUGUGGUCUCGUGCGCCGACAUUCUUGUUUUGUCGGCGAGAGAUGGGAUCGUGUCAUUGGGCGGGCCUUUCAUUCCCCUCAAGACUGGCCGGAGGGAUGGACGUAAGAGCCGGGCUGAUUUGUUAGAAGCUUAUCUGCCUGACCACAACGACUCCAUUUCCUCUGUGCUUUCUCGCUUUCAGGCCAUUGGCAUCGAUACUCCGGGUGUCGUUGCCUUGCUAGGUGCUCACAGCGUUGGCAGGACACACUGUGUGAAACUGGUUCACAGGUUGUACCCCCAAGUAGACCAAACGCUAGACCCGGGGCACGUAGAACACAUGCUGAAGAAAUGCCCAGACGCCAUCCCCAACCCCAAGGCCGUGCAGUAUGUUCGAAAUGACCGGGGGACGCCCAUGAAACUAGACAACAACUACUACCGUAAUCUCAUGGAGAACAAAGGUCUUCUCAUAGUAGACCAGCAGCUCUAUGCAGAUCCAAGAACCAGUCCAUAUGUAAAGAAGAUGGCCAAGAAGCAAGACUACUUCUUCAAGAAGUUUUCCAAGGCCAUUACUAUACUUUCUGAGAACAAUCCUCUCACAGGCACUCGUGGAGAAAUCCGCAGGCAAUGCUUCAGAGCUAAUAAACUUCACCUUAACCAGAGAUGAAAAAAAACUAGAAGACCCGUGAGCUGUCCUGUGCUUUUGGGCUUGGGCCACCCGAGUGGACAGAAUAGCAUCAUGGUCUUUUGCUUUUACCUGUUUUAUGUAAUGUGCUUCUGCACUGUGCACGCAUCACUGCAUUUUUCAGCCUCUUUUUCUGAAAGGUGUAGGUGUGGCCGUGUCUUUUAAAGGGAUAUGAAACUGCGUUAAUGUUUAGUGGAGAAAUAAGGUGGAAGCAUUUCUAAAAGUAUUUGUAUCUGUCACAAGUGCCUUGAAUGAGUGCGAACAAGUGGUGUAUGAGAGCGACGUUGGGUCACCAUGCAUUCAUUGCUGGAUUAUCUUAUAUUGACUGUAAGUUUUUGUAAGGGUCAAAUUUGCAGAGGGUAUUUUAAAUUAUAUACAAUAUAACUCACUUUAAUAGACUA